AUGAUAGAUUCACGUGAAGAUUUAUCCGAUAUAGAAAAACUUCAUUAUCUACAAUCAGCAUUAACAGGCGACGCGGCCAAUAAAAUAAAGAUCUUGGCAAUAGAAGGUUCCAAUUAUUCUACGGCAUGGGACUUAUUAAAACGUGCACAUGAAGUGAAACGUAUUCUAAUCUCACGCCAUCUUUCUCUACUUAGAAAUUUGUCUGUUGUCGAGAAAGAAACCACCGAAGGUUUGUCGAAACUUGCCGACGAUGCACAACAACACGUCGCAGCAUUGACCGCGUUGGGAGUUAGUGUUAGCUCUGAAAUGCUCUUAAACCUCCUAGAAAGUAAAAUGCCGAAGAAAACGGCCGAGAAAUGGGAAGAGACGCUUAGCCGAGACGACUAUCCAAACAUAGAUGAUUUGUAUGAAUUUCUAUACAGAACCGCAGUCCGUGUGUCUAAACGCAGUCGAAUAGAAUUAAGCAAGCGUGACGAAGAUAAGGAUUCACCGCUCGCAAAAAGGGGUCGAACCAAUAAAGCCUUUGUGACGGGCGUCGCGAACAAUUGUCCAGCAUGCAAGGUCCAACAACAUCCUUUAUUUAAGUGUGACAAAUUCAGGCAGUUAGAUACCGUUAAACGAAUCGAGGUCAUAAAAAACGCAAGACUCUGUUACAACUGCAUGCGUUCACACAAGGGCAAGCCGUGCAAUUACACUACUUGUACAAUCUGUCGUAAACGACACAACACUCUUUUACAUUUAAAUAAAAAUGCUAACGUGACAACGAAACCAGACGCGACCGAUUCGAAAACGGAAGGUUCCGCAUGA